AUGGGCCAUAUCAAUUCGUAUUUGAGACCGGUGGAACGGGCAUUGCCCACAAAGGUGCUCAAGACACACAAUGGUGCUAUACAGGGUCUAGUCUACGUGUUCGAGGAUGGACGACAAGCCAGUGCCUAUAUGAGUAUUCCCUUUGCUCAACCACCGAUUGGGGAGUUGAGGUUUCAGGUGAGGAAAACCAUUUUUUUUGUAACUUGGCAAAGGGAUUUUAAAAAAUCAUCAUUCGUUGAAAAAAAAGCAUUUGAACGCCUUAGGGGGGCAAUAUAAGAUUGGCUUAAAAUUUUUCGUAUAAGGUGGGUUAAUUCAAUUUUCUCGGCCUCUAAAACGGUGAAUGAAUGGGUUGGCAAUUCGCCAAAAAAAGACACGAAAAACUUUUCGUCGGGGAACAAAUGGGGAUUGUUUGGAGCGAGAGAGUACGUUUUUGCGCGUCUUUUCUCUGUCUUCUCUGUGAAAUCAAGACAAAGCGUAAAAAACCGAUAGCGAAGAGUCUAUUCCGGUCACCAGACUCCUCGUUUUGACGUCCAAAAAAAGGAUAAAACUUGUGCUGAACGGUACAGUGUAGAAGAAAAAAGUGGCCGAAAAAAAUCGAAUUUACCUCGAACACACCUUGUAUGGAAGACUAAACUAAACUUAAAUUAUACCCUGAAAUCUUUAGCUAUAUUGCCUGAUGAAAGAACGGAUAUUACCCAUAACUUUUUUGCAUAUGAACAAAAUUUUUUUUUUGUAGAAACAGCGGUAUUCUAGCAGUCUAUCCUGAAAAUCUAACACCGAUAGUAACAAAAAACCCUCUUUUUUCAUUGAUUUUUAUACGAAUACCUCUAAAAAUCACCUUCAAAAAUCAAAUUUUCCAUUUCCAGAAACCCCAGCCUCCAUUGCCAUGGGAGGGGAUCCGAGACUGCACAAAACUCCCUCCUCGAUGUCCGCACUCGGACAUGAUUCACGAAAAAGUUUUUAUCCGAAUACCAAAGUCAGAGGACUGUCUUUAUCUCAACGUUUUCACACCGGGUCGGGUCGAGGAGCUCAGGGAGAAGUUGCCGGUCAUGGUGUUUGUUCAUGGUGGCGGAUAUACGAUACAUUCAUGCACACAUUACGGAGACAGCAAUAUUUGCAAGUAAGUGGAAGCGGUGCGACUUGUACUAGCUGCCUAUUUAGAUGCUUAUGCGUGAAGAAUGUGAUAGUAGUCACUUUCAAUUAUCGGACAGGUCUUCUCGGUUUCCUCUGCACGGGCGAUCAUCAUUCUCCCGGGAAUUACGGUUUCUGGGACAUGCACAAAGCCCUGGAAUGGGUCCGUGAUAACAUCGAGACGUUUGGCGGAGACCCAAACAAUGUCACCAUUUUUGGACAAAGUGCCGGAGGCUCAGCGGUCGAUUGUUUAGCUCUGUCGCCCCAUACUCAAGGCCUUUUCCAUCGAUAUAUUGCGAUGGCCGGAAAUGCGUACGCAACGUUCUCGAGGCAGCAUGCAAAGAGAAUGAGGGAGGAGUGGCUUUAUUUUGCGACAACAAUGAAUGGAUUCAAAUACGAUGAGAAAGCGACGGAUGAGGAGAUCAACGAGCAGUUGGUCAAGUUUUUGAGGUGGGUUGCUAUUUUUGUUUAACAAGGGAGUACCGCAAGUGCGACCCUCAGAUUUUCUUUGAAUUUGGCACACACUUUGGGCAUAGACCAAAUAUGAAUUCAUGAAAGUUUUAGCUCUCCCUUUGAAAGCGCCGCCGAGAUAUUGAACGACCUUUGCGGCCGAAAGAACAUGCGAAACUCGGAGAGCGUUCGCAGCGAAAAACACUUUUUGGCCAUAACUUUGCUAGUGCCUUGCAGAAAUAAUUAUUUUUUUGUGGAAACAAGACUUUUUACAGUAGAAAUAGGGAAAUAGGCAUAACAUUUUUUGUGCCAAAAUUCGACAAAGAAUCUCAAAAUUUUCUCCACUUUUGAUAUAAAAAUCUCCGUGCUUUCUGCAUUGUGCCAGCUAGGAUUCUCGCAUAUAUUGUAGAAAAAAUUAUUCUAAAUUUGCGUUAAGUUUCAUUAAAAUCUGAGCGUCGCAUUUGGGGUACUUCUUCAGUAAGAGUGAAGUGCUUGAUGACUAUAAUUAAAUUUGUCUGCAUAGCGUAUUAGGGUAACGUGUCAUUUCCUAAAAAUUUUAGCUUGGGCUUGCAAAGCAACCGUUUUAUUAAACUAUAGUUUUGAAGACGACAAAAAGACAGCGUUUCGGCCACAACUUGGCAAAUUUUCCACAGAAAAUCUCGAUUUUUUUGUCGAACAAAUCACACGCACAUACAUAAGCUUACUACGGAACUGGGACGAUUGGGGAAAAGGACGAUUGGGGAAAGGGACGAUUGGGGAAAAAGACGAUUGGGGAAAAGUACGAUUGGGGAAACCGAAAAGUAUUAUUUUUCUUCGAUGCAAAUGUCGAAAUUAGGAUAAUCGAGGGUGCUCAUUUCGAAAAUGACAUUCUUUUUUUUGAUUCUUACUUUUUUUCUUAAGUAGUACUGUUAAGUACUAAUUUUUUAAAAAUUUUCGAAAAAUACUGGAUUUAGGGGAUUUCGAAGGUGCUGGUUUCGAAAAUCAUGUUCAUUUUUCCUCUAGUAUUAUAUAGUACUAUUCUGAUACUAUAUAGUACGAGGUCAAAAUAUGGCUUUUGACGUUAAUGGUGUUGUUUUGAUGCUUAGUACUCUUCAAAAACACGUUUUAAAGACUUGGUGCUAUAUAGUACUACCUGAUACUAUGUAGUACGAGGUGUAAAGUUGGCCUUUAGGCGUUCGUGGUGUUGUUCUGGUGCUUAGUACGCCUAUUUUUACUUCGUACUACAUAGUAUCAGACAGUACUGUAUAGCACCAAGUCUUAAAAACGUAUUUUUGAAGAGUACUAAGCAUCAAAACAACACCAUUAACGUCAAAAGCCAUAUUUUCACUUCGUACUAUAUAGUAUCAGAAUAGUACUAUGUAGUACUAGAGGAAAAAUUUACAUGAUUUUCGAAAUCAGCACCCUCGAAAACCCCUAAAUCGAGUAUUUAUGAAAAAAAAUCAAAAAUUACUACUUUACAGUACUACUUAAGGAAAAAAGUAAGAAUCAAAAAAAUGAAUGUCAUUUUCGAAAUGAGCACCCUCGAUUAUCCUAACUUCGACAUUUGCAUGGAAGAAAAAUAACACUUUUCGGUUUCCCCAAUCGUACUUUUCCCCAAUCGUCUUUUUCCCCAAUCGUCCCUUUCCCCAAUCGUCUUUUUCCCCAAUCGUCCAACUCCGGCUUACUACAAAAAUUCUCAAUUAUUUUUUUAAAACAAUCCAGGAUGAUAAAAAUGAUGACUAAAUUUCUCUUUUUUCAGGGCCCUUCCGGCAUCCAAACUCGAGCUAAGCCUAUUACCAUCAAGGAAAUUGAGGAUCAACAAGGACGGUCGGAUUCAUGUGUGUCCAGUUGUUGAUGGAGACUUUUUCCCCAAAGAAUUCCUCGAAUUACGGAAAGAAAUGCCAAAGAAACAGGUCAUAACCGGAGUCACAAAAUGGGAAAGUCUUUUAUUUGGUGAGUUCAAAAUUGAAAAGAGAUUUACAAAACUUUUUUUCCAUUUUUCACCCAAAAAAUCUCAUUUUCAGUAAUCGCCAAACAGAUCAACCAUUCGCUCAAAGAUUUCGCCACCAUGGUGCUGGAUCAAACCUUGAGCAAGUACAAGCUGGAUCAGCCCAAACAAGAGCUGAUUGACAAGGCAUUUGCCACGUUUUUGGAUGAGACAAAGUCCCCCAAGUCCUUGGAAUACAAAGAGCAGAUCAUCAAGCUCUGCUCGGAUGUGAUGUUCAACAACAGCACGAUACAUUUGGCUGAGUCGAUGGUGAAGUUGGGACAUGACGUUUACUUGUACACAUUUGAUUAUCAUCGGCCAAGUGUUGGGGGUCUAUUGGGUCAUCUUUUCCCUUUCAAAGGUGAGAUUUUUUGAUAACUUUAUUGGGUUAUAAUUAUUGAGGGUCUACCCUUGGAAUUUCUUUAAAUUUUGAGUGCAUGGUUUACCUGAGGCACCUGCCAAAUUUUCCCAAUUGUAGCUGUUUCAAAGCAGAGGCAGGAAUUUUAAAGAAAAGAUUUUCUGGCCAUAAAUUUGUCAAUUUAUUUUGAAAGGUUGAUCUCUCACCGGGAAAAAAAGCGGAAAAAUCUCCGUUGCUUCUGCAAAACGCGAAUUAGGAAUUGUCGAUCUGCCAUUGGGUAUUCUUGCGGCGCUACGACUUUUCGGGUCAACAACAAUUCAGGGGGUACUUUGGGCUACCUCAAUUUGUCGUUUUGCGCAUCGGGGAGGCUAAGAGAAGGCUUAGUUAACAUGAUAAGGUCAAAAGUCCAAGAAUAGUCUAUCACGUAUUUUGAGGUAUUUCACAUGCACUCACAUCAAUAAUAUCUAGAUAAAAGUUACGGAUCCUCAUUCUUUGCCGCAAAUUUUGGUUUGUUAUAUGUUACAAUAACCCAGGGUUAAGAAAACGAAGGUUAGCAAUAGCUAAAAUUAGAAAAAGUGUUCAUAUUGAAAGUCUUCGCCGACCGUUCGCCGAGCGAGACAUGGAAAAGCAGCAUCCAACUGCUUUUCCAUGUCUCGUAGGCACCUCUUCCAAUCUUUUUUGGGUCUCCGUCUGUUCUAUCGAUUGAUUUUCUGUUGACCCGAACUGUCGUCGACCCGAAAAAUCGAGAUUCGACUCUAGCCUGUAUUUUUUCCAAAUUGUUUUCAAAUCUAUAACCUUACUUUCGCAGGAGCCACCCAUAGCACCGAACUCGCUUAUUUGUUUGGAAAAUGCAUUGUCUCCACGCAUUUCACUCCAUCCGCCGAAGAUUUGAUUGUAAUGGACCACUUCACCAAUCUUUUUGCCAACUUUGCCCGUUAUGGAGACCCGAAUGGGCGUGGCGAAAAGAAAUGGAUUCCAAUUUCGCCGGACAACGUGACUCGGAAUUAUGUGAUCGACCUGGAAGAGUGUGUAAUGAAACCCGAAUUUUGCGAGAACAGGUAUCUGAAGUGGGCCGAGAUUUGGCCAGAUUUGAAUGAAAUGCCAACUAUUGAGGAGGGAGAGGAGUUUGAGACGAUUGAUGCGCCAGUAUCGGAUAUUGAAGCGAUUGAACAGGAGCUAGUGCAGGAUGACAAAGCAUUCAGGAAUGGCGACGCAAAGAAAAAUUGA